GAAUUUCUUAUUGGAUUGAGGCUUCAUCUUCCACAAGGAAUUUCUUAUUGGAUUGAGGCUUCACCUUUAAAAGGAAUUUCUUAUUGGAUUGAGUCUUCUUCUUUCGCAAGGAAUUUCUUAUUGGAUUGA